CUUGCAUCUCUCUUGUCCUCUCCCCUCUUGCUUCUCGUCAAGACGCUUCUUUCUACAAGACGUCUUUAGGCAGGUAAAGAGCUUCUCGACACACACCCGAGCUCGCAAGCCCUAAAAGCACGUCGCUUCAAAACGACAGCACCCAACAAGCCGCACCCGACACUCCUCGCCGCACACGUUUGCUCCAUUCCACCACAACCACCAUGUCUAAGCGUCCAUCAGCCAAGCCCAAGAGUCCCGCUACUCCACCCCUGUCGGCUCUUGAGGAGAAGCGCAAGCAGCUGCAUCAGUACCAGGAUGACGAUGGACACUUCUCGCUCGUUAGGAACUUCCGCCUCGCCGACCUGAUCACGAUCAUGAACGGCGUGUGCGGCACGCUGUCUAUCCUCUUCUCAGCGCGCUACCUGAUCCUGUCGUCCAACCUGCCCGCGCCGCCCUCAGACCUGGCCGUGCAGUCGCUGUACCUGGCGCACCUGUUCCCCAUCCUCGGAUGUGGCUUCGACGCGCUGGACGGCACUGUCGCGCGCUGGAUGGGCGGCGGCUCGAUGCUGGGACAGGAGAUGGACUCGCUCGCCGACCUCGUGAGCUUUGGCGUCGCCCCCGCCACCCUGGCAUUCACUCUCGGCCUCCGCCGGCCCCUCGACGUGCUCGCGCUCCUGCUCUUCGUGUCGGCCGGCCUCGCCCGUCUCGCCCGCUUCAACGCCACGGUGGCGCUCAUCCCCGCCGACGCGUCCGGCAAGUCCAAGUACUUUGAGGGCCUGCCCAUCCCCUCCAGCCUGUUCCUCACCGCCUGGAUGGCCUUCUGGGUCCGCCAGGGCUGGUACGUCCUCGGCUCGGAGGGCGGCGACGUGCCCCUCGGCCUGCUGCAGGUCUUUGGCGAGUCGCGCUGGGGCCAGGUCCACGUCGUCUCAUUCGUGUUUGCCCUCUGGGCCGCGGCGAUGGUCAGCAAGACGCUGAGGGUUCCAAAGUUGUAGGGAACGAGGCGACGCACACGACGACGACGACAUAUACACACACACGCGUUAAUGAGUAGAUAGGACCGACCCUAUGUGAGCGGUGGGGCCUGUAGCAGUAUGGGAUUCAACAUCAUGUCG